GGGGGGUCAAUAAUAAUGACGGACCAAUAUGGCGGCAAAACAUUUAGCUAAACAAGUAAACUAUAACUUCAAAAUCAUGCAUGUAAUUAAUCUGUAAGUAAGUAUAUAAUUUCCGUGCGAUAAUGUUCAUAUAAAUCGUGAAAGUUUGUCAGUGUGUUUGGCAACACAUUCAGAGCUGUAACGGCAAAUUCAUCUGACAACGGACGUAAACGUUAGCUAGCUUAACGUCACAGUUAGAGCCACUGGAAACACGUUAGUUAGCUGGUUAGCACAGUUAAAUAUGUGGGGCGAAAUUGAACCCCCUGCUAAAACACAACCGAGUUCAUUUGAGAGUGAAAACGAGAGCGAAUUAACAGAAGAACCGGUGACACGCACCCAGAGAUGUGACUUCAGCAGCCCCGCAGACACCGAGCAGCCGCCGCAGGACACCGCGGUGAGAGCAGCAGCAGCAGCACUAGCACCGGCGUACGUGAGCAAGGCUGAGUCCACUUGUGUAAACGCCAUGGUAGAAGCCAUAGCCAUGAGCGGGAGCCUGGUGAAGAGCCAGCAGAUAGGAGAGGCUGAACUGACCCUGCAGCAGCGCAAAGAGGAGCUACUGCACCAGUACAGGACCAAGCCGCUGGUUUUCCUGGAGCGGUACCAUGCCUGUCUGAAGCCCCAGGACCUGUCAGCGUUUGCCCACGUCAUCUCAGACCCACGAACCCAUCACUACAGCAUAGUGAUACAGAGACGAGCUGCCGCAUGCACCAACAGGACCAGGGUCCGAAACCAGCGCUACGCUGCCCUCAGGGCGCUGCAGAAGGAGGGUCAGUAUUUCAGUGAGGAGCAGAUGCGAAUCAGGGAGCCGCUGUUGUAUGAACAGUAUAUUGGCCAAUACCUGACUGAUGAGGAGGUGCUGGAGCGCUCGCAGGAGGCCAUGUUGGACGGUGCACAAGGGGGGGAAGGAGCACCAGCAGGAGGCACAGGAGGGCUCGCCCACCUCCUCCUGAACUCCUACCAGGAGCGUCUCAUCCAGAGUCGUCUGCAGGAGGAGCAGGAGAGAGAGGACUGCCAACAAGAGGAGGACGAGGAUGAGGAAGAUGAUGACAAUAGAGUCCAGGAGAAGGAAUGGGAGCCCACCCCCGAGGAGAAGGCUCUGCUCAGGGAGGAGUUCAUCAGUCAGAUGCACCAGCGCUUCCUAGAUGGCAAAGACAAAGACUUCAACUACAGCGAGGUGGAUGAGAACCCAGACUACGACAACUUGGACAUUGUCAGCAGAGACGCAGAGGAUAAAUACUUUGAUGAAGAUGAUGAUGAGGAGGAGGAAGAAGAAGAUAUGACAGAGUAGCAGCUGUAGCAGUGGUUAACCUCUCAGAUUGAUCUGUAAAUACAAAUGUACAAAAUAAGGACAUGUAUUGUGUUUUUUUAGUGUUUGUUACACCUGGAUGCAAACAUGGUAAUAAAUAUACUGACUUUCGGUAUUUCGUAAUUUGAGACAUUGAUUGGCAGCUGGAUUCAGGGCGCAGCUCUCCCACACUGCACCUGGGGUUCUCCGCAGCCUGAGACGUGUCUUGCUUUGAGGUAAGAUGCUUUACUAUUGAUCACUGUGUUUGCCAAGUACACCAGCUCCAUUAUCUGGGAAGGGCAUACUUCAUGUUGUUUGCAGCUGUGCAGAGCACUUCUGUUCUCAUUUAUAAUUCAUAACUGUCCACAUACUUAUGGUCUGGAGUGAAUCUUCAGUUUUUAGGUUAAUAUAUGAACUCAAAUCAUUUUCACUGAUGUGUAAACAAACAGAUGUAAGAUCAGCCAAGUAACAGAGCCAGUAAAUUAUAAAGAUAUUCCAAAACAUUUUAAUA